CUGGUUGCAACGUGUUUUGCGUUCACCGUGAAGCUGACGUCAAGCGUGCCGCCAUAUUGCGUGUAAGCAAACGGCAAGGGGGGAUUUUAUAUUUAUGUCAAAUAGUAGCGCGGUUUCGUUUAGUCAAUGCACUUUGUGGGUUUAUUUAGCUACAUUUGUAUGUUUGGUUCUGUUUCAUUUUAUGGAACUGGCUUAUCUUGGAAGGUAUAUUUCCGAACAAUACACGUGCUCCUGGACUCCUUUCCCCAGUCAAAGCAGCUGUCUUUGGUUGCUUAAUGACAUAGCAUCUUUGUAAACAAAAAUAAAACCGACUCGCCAGCUGUGGAAACUGGAAGAUCUGUGGCAGUCAUGGAUUCGGAAGAUAUCUCCGACUUGGAGCAAGUGGUGGUGGAAGAGUUGGGGAUUUCCUUGGAGGAGCUACGGCAGUGGAUUGACCAGGAAAUGGAAAAAUCUGACUUCGUGAAACAACGAAAAGCCCAGCUAAUGGAACUGGAGACUUUAGUGGAACAGAAGGAAGCAGAAGUGGCUCGUGUGGACAGACUUUUUGACGAUGCCUCUAAAUCUGUCGAGAGCUGUGAGUCUUUAGUAAAGGAUUUGUACUGUAAACUUGGUUUAAAUUACAAAGAAAGUAGCUCUGAUGAGGAAGAUUCGCACAAGCCUGUAGAGGUGAUUGAAAUUCUGGAUGAUGAUGAUGACGAUGAUGUGCUCAGCAUUCAUUCAGUUAAAGGAUGCCAUGGCUGCAAUGAGAAGGUCUGCCAGAGAUGUUCAAAAAUUUGUAGAAGCAGUUUCCAAGAAAAACAGCACACGAGAUAUUCAGCCACUGGGUGUUUAUUCUGUUCCUUCUUCUCCUACAAGCUCAAUGGGUGGCUUACAACUGGCAUCUGGUGUUGUAGGAGGUGACAAAGAUGGUGACCUUGUAGUAGGAAUGCGUAUUUUGGGGAAGAAGAGGACCAAGACGUGGCACAAAGGAACACUUAUCGCAAUCCAAUGUGUAGGUGUAAACAAUAAAUUCAAGGUGAAAUUUGACAACAAAGGGAAGAGUUUGUUAUCUGGUAACCAUGUUGCGUAUGAUUUUCAUCCACCAGCGGAGAGGCUGAUAGUUGGCAGUCGGGUUGUUGCCAAGUAUAAAGAUGGAAAUCAGGUGUGGCUGUAUGCUGGAAUAGUUGCUGAGACUCCAAACACAAAAAAUAAAAUGAGGUUCCUAAUUUUCUUUGAUGAUGGUUAUGCCUCCUAUGUCACUCAGGCAGAGUUGUAUCCAGUCUGUAGACCAUUGAAGAAGACAUGGGAAGAUAUCGAAGAUGUUUCCUGCCGUGAUUUCAUAGAUGAGUAUAUUACUGCUUACCCAAACAGGCCAAUGGUGUUGCUAAAGACUGGGCAGCUGAUAAAAACUGAAUGGGAGGGGACCUGGUGGAAAUCUAGAGUGGAAGAGGUGGAUGGCAGCCUUGUCAAAAUCCUUUUCUUGGAUGACAAGCGAUGUGAGUGGAUUUAUCGAGGAUCCACCCGUUUGGAGCCCAUGUUUAGCAUGAAGACCUCUACAGCCUCCAGUCAAGAGAAGAAAUUAGCAGGACAGAUGAGAACACGUCCCAAUGUUGUUCGUAACAAAGGGCCAGUGGUACAAUUCACCCAGGAUUUAGAAGCAGUCAAAGCUGUUGAACCAAAACCUCCCUCUCCUCAGCCUGUGUUAACUGAGUUAGACCUGGAGAGUCAAUUGGCUGCCAAAAAACAGGUUGCAAAGAAAAGUACUUCAUUCCGCCCUGGGUCAGUGGGCUCUGGACAGUCCUCUCCAACAUCUCCUGUUACGAGUGAACCACCACAGCCACCACCUCCAUUACCUGUACAGCUACAGCUUGGCAGACCUAUAAUUAAUCAACAGUAUAGGCAGUUUGCUAUCAUACCUCACCAGAACAUUGUCGGUCUGUCAGUUGGCCUGCCUCCAGAACACAGAUAUGCACCUCCUCCAACUGUCACCAGUUCCUUCCAGCCGUGCCAUAGCAUGACAGAUAGAGUACCCGUGGAGCCUACUUACAGAGCACCAUCUGAGAAGCUUUUCUACCUCCCUCAUAUCUGUAGUCAUGGAUGUCUAGACAGGAUACGGCCUCUAAGGAAGGACCAGUAUAGAGGCAAGAAUCCCCUUCUUGUCCCGCUACUUUAUGACUUCAGGCGCAUGACUGCUCGACGCCGUAUUAACCGUAAGAUGGCAUUCCAUGUUGUGUACAAGGCUCCUUGUGGCCUUUGCAUGCGCAGCAUGGAAGAAAUAGAACACUAUCUCUUCAAAACAUAUUGUGACUUUCUUUACCUAGAAAUGUUUUGUUUGGACCCAUAUGUACUAGUGGAUCGCAAGUUUCAGCCGCAAAAACCCUUUUAUUUUAUACAAGAUAUAACUGGAGGCAGGGAGGAUGUUCCUUUGUCAUGUGUCAAUGAGAUUGACAUGACCCCUCCUCCCCAAGUGAAGUACAGCAAGGAGAGGAUUCCAGGAAAAGGUGUCUUCAUCAAUACAAGCAGCGAGUUCCUUGUGGGCUGUGACUGUACAGAUGGCUGUCGAGAUAAGGCUAAGUGUUUCUGUCACCAACUGACAUUGCAAGCUAGUACCUGUACACCUGGCAAUCAAGUGAAUGGUUCAGUUGGCUACCAAAACAAGAGACUUGAUGAAUGCCUUCCCACUGGGGUAUAUGAAUGUAACAAGAGAUGUAAGUGUAACCCACAGAUGUGUAUCAACCGUCUUGUUCAGCAUGGACUACAAGUACGCUUGCAGCUCUUCAAAACACAGAACAAAGGCUGGGGAAUUCGCUGUCUGGAUGAUAUUGCUAAGGGCUCAUUUGUCUGCAUUUAUGCAGGUAAAAUACUUACAGAUGAUUUUGCUGAUAAAGAGGGAUUAGAAAUGGGAGAUGAGUAUUUUGCAAAUCUGGACCAUAUUGAAAGUGUGGAGACUUACAAAGAAGGCUAUGAGAGUGAUGCUAAAAGCUCUUCAGACAGUAGUGGUGUAGACAUCAAAGAUGAUGAUGGCGAGAACAGUGGGAGUGAAGAUGCAGAGGAAUCCAACGAAGAAAGCUCAGAUGAUAACUUCUGCAAAGAUGAGGACUUUAGUACCAGUUCUGUAUGGCGGAGUUAUGCCACUCGUCGUCAGACCAGGGGCAAAAAAGAAAAUGGUCUCUCAGAGACUGCCUCAAAGGACUCUGGGCUUCUUAGACAGAUUAGCCAGGAUGAUGGCCAGAGCUGCAAGUUACCCAUUUCAGAGGAAACUUCAAAGAACAAAGUAGCUUCUUGGUUAAGCUUGAAUAGUAUGGACAAUUCUUACACUGACACAGAUAGCCGAUCCUCUUUUAAGAUGGGUGACUUUUCAGAAUCAAGAGCCAUGAAGAUUGAAGGUCAUGGACAUUUAGAACGGUCUACCACCAUUGGACUGGGGGAUGCUGAAGCAGACAUGAAAAUACUGAAAAAGGAAGGUGCUGUUAAAGAGACGGAUGACCCAAGCAAGAUGUCAAAUAUGUUUGAAAACACCAGAGUGUAUGGCUACAACCCUGUCCCUGCAAAAAAUGAUGGUGUUCGGCGGCCAAUCAGCAAAACAAGUACACUUCAAAAUAGAAGGAACUCUGGUCCUUCCCAACCAGCAGAUGAAGUAAUGACACUCUCAAGCAGCUCUGAUAGUGAGGUUGGGACUGGCAAGCCUGGGGCAGGAGUGACUACAAACACUAAUAUUGACAGCGAUGACAUUCAGACCAUCUCCUCUGGUUCUGAGGAAGAAGAUCCACUGGACAGAAAGUGCAAUGACUUAGGUCCAACAAAAAGACAGGUAGCAGUGAAGUCAACCAGAGGGUUUGCCUUGAAGUCUACUCACGGUCUUGCUGUCAAAUCCAGCAAUAUGACAGCUGGAGAUAACACACAGCCACGUAAAAGUACUCGGUUAUUUUUUGAUGGUGAAGAAUCUUGUUAUAUCAUAGAUGCCAAACUGGAAGGAAAUCUUGGACGGUAUCUGAAUCACAGCUGCAGUCCAAACCUAUUUGUACAGAAUGUAUUUGUAGAUACUCACGAUCUGCGCUUCCCAUGGGUUGCAUUCUUUGCCAGCAAGAGGAUACGAGCUGGCACAGAGCUUACAUGGGAUUACAACUACGAAGUUGGUAGUGUGGAAGGGAAAGAACUACUUUGCUGCUGUGGAUCCACAGAGUGUCGAGGCAGGUUGCUUUGAUAUAGCACUGGAAGCACUGAUGAUGACAACAAACCAGAGUCUGGGGGGGGGUUCUUUAAAAUAAUAAAAUAUUUUUUUAUUACUGUAUGCAUUUUUUUUUUCAUUUUUGGAAGGAGAAUGUGCUGAAAAAGACUUCAUGGCUUUCUUCUGGACACUGCUCCCUCUGGCAGGGCAUGGCACUGACUGAUGACAUCAGCAGCAGCACAAGCUCCUGAUUUCUCUUUAUUUUGUUAUUUUUAGCAUUCCUCUGCACUUGCUGGAUUUGGAAUAAAAGUGACACUUGAUCAAAUACA